UUGCAUCGCCCAUCAUGUCUCGCUUUCGCGCCAUCAUGAAGAACUGGUACUCGCCAGAGGUUCUUCCCAUCUAUGUCAUCACCGGUCUCGCCGUGUGCGGAUCUACUUGGUACCUCACCUACCUGGCUCGAGGACCCUCGGUCGUCUGGGACCGAAAGAACAACCCGACUCCCUGGAACAAUGUCGAGCCCGGAACUCAGACCAAGCUGAUGUCUGUCAACCAAGAGUUCGACAAGAAGUACAAGCGUGACAGGCUCUAAGCAAGUCGCACAACAAUCUCCUUGUCCUCCCCCACCUCGUUCAUCGACAAUGCCUCUGGAUCAGGUGAAUUCAUUACCCUUACCCCCAUGCUGCAGUGCUAGAGUGACGACUGGAGAACGGCUUCUCAUUACAGGGAGGGAACACAGUGGUGAGGAUAGACAUACACCAAUACUGACAGAUUGACAUUAAGGUGGCAUGAAAUGACGCAGACAAUGGAGGUGUCAUCGAGCAGAGAGUGGGAAGUUGUGAAGAAUCAGGAUCGAACGGCAUGGUCCAGAUGCCUCUGCGUGGAAGAUCACAUCGCAGCUGGUGCGCCUAAACACAGCUGCAGACCUCUGGGGACGUAGAGCGUUCAGCUAGCUCGAACCUCUUCCUCUCCAUCCCCACUGCAGGAUACGGCGAGCGA